CAUAACUCUCUAAUCGAUUGGUCCUUUGGACAGCCUUCAUGCUUGGUUCCGUCACUCAUCGCCUCCACCAACGCCCACCACCACGCUGCCCUCCAUCUUUUUCCGCCUCGAUGCCGCCUGUUUCUGACCACUCGCCCACUCGCCCACUGAGCCAACCCCAACCGGGCGGGAGGAAUCAAAAUGUCGCCCAACCCUGCCAUCCACGCCGUUCUGUCCGGUUCUAUCUUCAACCACCUUGGCGCCUAGAUAAUGGCCCACAUGCCCAGACACUGGGCGCUCCAGAGUUGGCAGGUGGGAGGACCAUCUUCCUCCAUCCCACCCCUCUUCUCCCAGCCCGGCGACGGCCGUGCCGGCCUCGAGCCAGCCAACCACCGCUCUUUUCCAGAAGUCUUCUGUCUCGCCCUCUCGAUUGCGUGAUCGCGUGCCCACGCUCCCAAGCCCGCGGCCUACCUAUCCCGCGCGAGCAAGCGCCGCAGCGCUAAUGCAGAUGCGCUGGGCUGCCAGUGCUAGAUACAUGCCACACCCUCAACCGCGGAGGUGCGGGCUCGAUGGGAAGCCCGCCCUCAGAAGGCGCCCUCCCGUGCACUUUGCAUCAAGUGCUGCCAAGCCGGACAGCGACGGGCCUACGGCCAAAGCGUCACACCCAAGGUCUUGGUGCCAUGGCUUGCGAGACUGUUUGGCUGCUUCACCCCCUUCCGGGCCUACGGUGAUGGAAUCCAAGCCGUGGGAUGGGGGCCAAGGGCGAGGAGGGUGGGGAGGGGCCGUUGCUGCCAGUAUGAAGUCAUACCCGGCAGGACGCCCAGCUAGGCUGGGCCUGGCCCGUAUCUGGUCUCUACCCACGUCCUCACCGAUCCACCACCACAAGCCCCAUCGUCGCCGCCGUUCAGCCUGCUGGUGCCGCUGCAAUAUCUUGGCGAUUUGGGGACCGAGAGAGAUUGUCCAUCUGGGCAGGAUUGCCAAAGGUACCUACCUACAUAUACAUCAUAUCCCACUCCCACCCCCCGGGAUCACUGCUGCAUUUGUCUGUCCCUUUCUCUCUGGCUCCUCUCAUCUCUUCAGUCAUCGGAUUCCAAGGGCUGUCCAAGGCUCACUCGUAUCUAGGGCCUAGCCAUCUGCUCUCUUAUUGAAUCUAUUGCUAUUCGACGCCCAAGGCUCCGAUGCGAAGAGAAGACCAGAUGAACAACAGCCAGCCCAGAUUUUCUCAGCCCUCGACCCGCGCUCACUCGAUGCAAACUCCUUGAAUCAACGCACACUUUUUUGUCCCUCCCCAAUAUUCAUACGUUUCCCCCGUUAGUCGACAGCUUCCGGGGGUCGAGGGAGCCGGCCUCUCAGUACACUUCGUAUCCUUCCGUCGCGCUUCGAGCCACCAGCCCUGGCCGCGGAACCAUAAGUAGCCUGUGCCGAAAAGACCAAGAGGUCUACGCCUUCGUCGCCUCACACACUCGGACACUAGGCUUCUGUGACAAGAGCCGCCAUGUCCGACAAGAAGGCCGCGGAGGAAGCGGUGGCGAACCAUGUGUCGGGCCAGUCGAACAAGCCGCUGUCGCGCCCGGCGCACGCGCUGACGUCUGAGGAGGCCAUCGAGGAGCUCAAGGCGAACGCGGAGGAGGGACUGUCCGUCGAUGAGGCCAAGAAGCGUCUUGAGCAAUAUGGUCGCAAUGAGUUUGGCGAACAGAAGGGCGUUCAGCCUCUUCAGAUCUUCAUCGCCCAGGUCGCCAACGCCAUGACGCUUGUGCUCAUUUUGGCCAUGGCCGCCUCCUUUGGUAUAGAGUCCUGGAUCGAAGGUGCCGUCGUCGCCGCUGUCAUCACACUCAACAUCAGCGUCGGUUUCCAGCAGGAACUGAAGGCCGCCAAGACUAUGGAUUCGCUACGCUCCCUCAGCUCGCCGACCGCACAAGCAGUGCGCGAAGGCAGGAACACCACCGUCCCUACCGUCGAGAUCGUCCCUGGAGACAUGGUUGAGCUCAAGACCGGCGACACCAUUCCCGCCGACGUGCGUAUCAUCGAGGCUGUCAACUUUGAGACCAACGAGGCCCUUCUGACGGGCGAGUCGCUCCCCGUCCGAAAGGAAACCGCCAAGACCUACGAGGACGAUACCGGCCCGGGAGACCGGCUCAACGUCGCUUACAGCUCCUCCACCGUCACCAAGGGCCGCGCCAGAGGCAUCGUGUUUGCCACCGGCAUGUUUACCGAAAUCGGUCAGAUCGCUGCUGCUCUUCGUGGUAAAGACUCGAAGCGGAGGCCUGUCAAGCGCAAGGAGGACGGCACUGCCGGCCCUCAUCGUUACAUGCAGGCCUGGACUCUGACUCUUACUGACGCUAUUGGCCGGUUCCUCGGCGUCAAUGUCGGUACCCCUCUGCAAAGAAAGUUGGCCAAAUUGGCCGUCGUGCUCUUUGGAACGGCCCUGAUUUGCGCCAUCAUCGUCCUGGGUGCCAACCAAUUCAAUACCGUUCAGGAGGUUGUAAUCUACGCCGUCACCACUGGUGUUUCUAUGCUGCCCGCCUCGCUCGUGGUGGUUCUCACCAUUACCAUGGCGGCCGGCACCAAGCGCAUGGUUCAAAGGAACGUUAUCGUCCGUAACCUCAAGUCUCUCGAGGCCCUCGGCGGCGUGACCAACAUUUGCUCCGACAAGACUGGCACAUUGACCCAGGGCAACAUGGUCGUCCGCAAGGCCUGGAUUCCCGGACAGGGCACAUACUCGGUACACAAGACAGGUGAGCCGUUCAACCCAACCGUCGGCAGCAUUGGUCUGCGGCCUGAGCAGCCCCGAGACAUCAACUUCCGCGCCCCGGACGCCGAGGGGACUCCUUUCGCCGAGGGCGAGGCUGUCAAAAAGGUCCAAGAGAGCGAGCUUCUGCGAAACUACCUUACCAUCGCCUCCCUCGCCAACCUCGCCACCGUCCACCAGACCAAGGAAGGGGAGUGGCACGCCCGUGGUGACCCAACCGAGAUUGCCAUCCAGGUCUUCGCAACCCGCUUCAAUUGGAACCGCUUGUUGCUUUCGGGUGAAGGCAACCGCUGGCGUCAACUUGCCGAGUUCCCCUUCGAUUCCGACGUCAAGAAGAUGUCGGUCAUCUUUGAGGACACCGAGACCGACGAGACUUUUCUUUUCACCAAGGGGGCCACUGAGCGCGUCAUUCCAUCGUGCCCCGACAUCCAGAUGGGUGACAAGAUUGUGCCCCUAACCAAGGAGAUUGAGAAGGAAAUUCUGGCCAACCUCGAGGCGCUCGCCCGCCUUGGACUUCGCGUGCUGUCGCUGGCUAGCAAGCGCAACCUCGGCAAGGUCGACAGCCACGGCGAACUGGAGCGCAAGGACUUUGAGCACGAUCUCGUCUUCCACGGCCUCGUCGGCCUGUACGACCCGCCUCGCCAGGAGUCGGCACCGUCAGUCCGCAUGUUCCACCAGGCCGGUGUCAGCGUCCACAUGUUGACUGGCGACCACCCGGAGACUGCACGCGCUAUUGCUAUUGAGGUCGGCAUUCUGCCUUCUCGUAUGGGCGAGAUCUCGGCCGAUGUAGCCAAGACCAUGGUUAUGGCCGCUAGCGAUUUUGACAAGCUCACAGAUGACGAGAUCGACCGCCUCAAACGACUUCCCCUAGUCGUCGCCCGUUGCGCUCCCAACACAAAGGUCCGCAUGAUCGAGGCACUGCACCGACGUAAGCGCUUCGUGGCCAUGACCGGCGACGGCGUGAACGAUUCGCCAUCUCUCAAGCGCGCCGACGUGGGUAUUGCCAUGGGCGAGGCUGGAUCUGAUGUGGCCAAGGAGGCCUCGGACAUUAUCCUCACUGAUGACAACUUCGCCUCAAUCCUCAACGCCGUCGAGGAGGGCCGCCGCAUGUUCGACAAUAUUCAAAAGUUCGUCCUGCACGUGCUUGCUUGCAAUGUGGCCCAGGCGGCUACCCUCCUCAUCGGCCUUGUCUUCAAAGACGAGAGCGGGCUAUCCGUGUUCCCGCUGUCUCCCGUUGAGGUGAUGUGGAUCAUUAUGUGAGCACACGCUUCCCCUUCCGCGCAUUCCCACGCUCCUGGACCGACGUGUAAUUUGCAGGAUUACCUCUGGUCUUCCGGACAUGGCCCUCGGAUUUGAAGUCGCGGCGCCCGAUAUCUUGGACAGGCCGCCCCAGGACAUGAAAGCCGGAAUUUUCACAUGGGAGCUGAUGCUCGACAUGGUCGUUUACGGCGUAUGGACUGCCGCGCUCUGCCUGGGCACCUUCGUGCUCAUCAUGUUCCAGUGGGGUGAUGGCGACUUUGGCGAGAACUGCAACACCACCUACAGCGACCGAUGCGACACCGUCUUCCGCGCUCGCGCCACGACUUUUGCGGCUCUGACGUGGUUUGCCCUCUUCCUCGCCUGGGAGAUGUUGAACAUGCGCCGUUCGUUCUUCCGCAUGCAGCCCAAGUCCAAGAAGUACUUCACCCAGUGGUUCUUCGACGUCUGGUGUAACAAGGUUCUCUUCUGGGCUGUUGUCGCCGGCUUCAUCACCAUCUUCCCCCUCAUGUACAUUCCCGUCAUCAACACGGUCGUGUUCAAGCAUGCCCCCAUCACCUGGGAGUGGGGUGUCGUUUUUGUCGACUCUCUCCUCUUCUUCCUCGGCUGCGAGUCCUGGAAGUGGGCCAAACGCGUCUACUUCAGGCGACAGGCCAGGAAGGCUCAGCCCUACGGAAAGCACGACCUCGAGUCCCGCGUCUUUGCCGCCUACUUCAAUCUCAGCGGUGUUGCCCUUAGCUCCGGCGAGGAGAGCCCCAGGCUCAACAGCAGAUCCAACACUGGCGAGAAAGCCAUGUCGCAGGAGAAGAAUUAGGAGACUUGGCAAGGCGCCAAAUGAUGAUACUCGAGAGAGUAGGGAACCCCAGCUCCUGCUCCUGCAAACGAGAGCAGCGCCCUGGAUGGGCAGACGGCAAGCCGGAUUGCGAGCAAGACGAUUCGACUUGGAGGUUGCCUGAAAGAAUCGGAAACGGAGAUGGAGGGACGUGCAAAGCGCGAGUAUAAAUACCAUGUGGAAGAUCGAGGACCUUGGCUUUACGGAUUGUCGAUGCGCUAUCCGCAUGUUCCAUGUUCGACUCGGGGUUCGAGUAACGGAGACAACGGAGGCAAGAUGCUACUAUUUAUACGCUUGAUACCACAUGACGAUAACCUAAAUAGCUCAAGGGGAAUUGGAACUAAAACGGCUAAACUGUAAA